AUGUCGUCAACGUCUGUCUUAGGUAAAAAUCCUAAUACUAUUGAUAUGGCCCCGGGUCAUGGUAGUAUCGUAGAUGGAGUUGAUGCCGAAGUACUUCUCAAUAGCAAUGCAAAUAUACACGGCAUAAUCAACAUCAGGGACCCUGGAACCGCCAAAUCACCAUCGGUAAACUCAUUAUUAGGGAACACAAAGUUAGAAAAUACCAAAAAUAGGACACCUUACCCAAGAUUCCACGCGUCAGGAAGAGCUAACGAUAUUCAUUUUGGGGCGCAUCGAAUGGAGAUUAAAAGUGUGAAUGGAGAGGCGAGACCAGUGGAAGAAAUUGGGUCAAGUACCCAGGAAUAUGUAAAGGUUCCUAAGGGAUCUAAAGGUAACAAAAUUGUGAAUCAAAGUGCUAUCAAGACAGAGAACAAUGGGUUGAAUAUUGCAGGAAACAAAAACAUCGUGCAGUCUCAAGUAGGCACCGACAAGGCUAGUACUAGUACUACAUCGAACUCGUGGUCAGAAUAUAGUCCCAAUCCACCGCAUAAAGAUGCUAACACAAAACGCACCACACAACCAACGUUCCUUGAAGCAGCAGGAAACCGAGCCGGACUCAACAAAGGUGAGGGAGAACAACAAACCGCGUCGGACACCGCAGGACCUCAGUCGGGCGCUCAGAUACAACCGAAAGCACUACGUAGAACACAAGGACCAAACCCUGGAGGAUUUGGCGCUUCAUGGAUGGAAGGCAUGGGUGGGACAGGGGCAUGGAAAGCAGCUGCGAGAAAGGAAGCACGAGAAUUAGUUUUGGAAAAAGAGGGACAUUGGAGAUCGGUGAAUAUCACUACCAUAGGCAGAAAGAGCGACAUGUGUCCUGUCUAUGACGUCACGUAUCAGGAGAACGCCGUUAUUCUCUCUACUGGGCACAACUCGUGUAAAAUCGUUAUCACAUGGCACCAGAGACCGAAAAGUCGCCCAUUUCAGCAGCAGACGCCGUUUGGUAUGACCAACCACUUUGUAACGAGGAUGCGUUACGUUCCUGUGGUGACUUAUGUGAAUGCCAGAUGA